AUGGACCGCACUGUGGUGCUCAUCACGGGCUGCUCCUCUGGCAUCGGUCUGCACCUGGCCGUCCGUCUGGCGUCAGACCCAUCCCAGAAUUUCAAAGUGUAUGCCACGCUGAGGGACGUGAAGGCUGAGGGCCCGCUGUGGGAAGCAGCCCAGGCCCAGGGAUGCCCUUCUGGCUCCCUCGUAACCCUGCAGUUGGAUGUGAGGGACUCCGAUUCUGUGGCUGCUGCCCGGGCACGCGUGACUGAGGGCCGCGUAGAUGUGCUGGUGUGUAACGCGGGCCGGGGCCUGCUCGGGCCGCUGGAGGCGCACGAGGCGAGCGCUGUGAGCUCUGUGCUGGACGUGAACGUGGCCGGGCUGGUGCGGACACUGCAGGUCUUCCUUCCAGACAUGAAGCGGCGCCGCUCUGGGCGCGUGCUAGUGACCGGGAGCAUGGGCGGCCUGAUGGGGCUGCCCUUCAACGCCGUUUACUGCGCCAGCAAGUUUGCAGUCGAAGGUCUAUGUGAGAGUUUGGCGGUUCAGUUACUCCCUUUUGGGGUUCACGUCAGCCUCAUCGAGUGCGGCCCGGUGCACACCUCCUUCCAGGAGAAGCUGGAGGGCGGCCGGGGCGGGGCGCUAGAUCGAGCGGACGCCCACACGCGCGACCUCUUCUCCCGCUACGAGCGCCACAGCGAGCGCAUCUUCCGCGAGGUGGCGCAGGACCCGGAGGAAGUGACGGAGAUCUUCCUCGCCGCACUGCGCGACCCCCGGCCCGCGCUGCGCUACUUCACCACCGAGCGCUUCCUGCCCCUCGUGCGCCUGCGCCUCGACGACCUCAGCGGCCGCGACUACGUAGCUGCCAUGCACCACAACGUCUUUGACGAUAAGCCCCGCGAGGCUCUAGCUGGGGCUACAGGAUUGGGGGACCUUCCUUCUGCUCCUCAAUAA